CUCAAUCGAGGCGAGAAGCAACAGCAAGCGGAGAGCAGAGACUUGGACAUUACGCACAGCCUACUACUACUACUACUACUACUACUACUACUACUACUACUACAGCGGAUCCAGACGGACUCCAUACACUUUAUUCCAGCAGCCAGAGAGGAGUAGAAAAAGUUUGGAGAAAUGCAGUCAGUGUACCAGCACCUGAUCAGCCUGCUGUUAGUCUUCAGCAGCCUGCAGGUUAACCAGCUGACGGAGGGCUGCUCGUGCGCUCUGACUCACCCGCAAGACGCCUUCUGUAACUCCGACAUAGUGAUUCGAGCUAAAGUCGUGGGCAAGAAGCUACUGAGAGAUGGACCUUUCGGAACGAUGCGCUACACAGUCAAGCAAAUGAAGAUGUACAAAGGAUUCGAAAAGGUCCAGCACGUGCAGCACAUUUACACGGACGCCUCAGAGAGUUUGUGCGGUGUGAAGUUUGACAUCAACAAGUACCAGUACCUGAUCACAGGUCGAGUGUACGACGGCAAGGUCUACACGGGGCUGUGCAACUUCAACGAGCGGUGGGAACGCCUCUCAUUGGCCCAGAAGAAAGGCAUCAACCAUCGCUACCAGCUGGGCUGCAAUUGCAGGAUUAAGCCCUGCCACUACCUGCCCUGCUUCGUGACCUCAAAAAACGAGUGCCUAUGGACGGACAUGCUGUCCCACUUCGGCUAUCCCGGCUACCAGUCCCGGCACUACGCCUGUAUUCAGCAGAAGGAGGGCUACUGCAGCUGGUACCGGGGCAUGACCGCACGCGACAAAACCACCAUCAACACCACCGACCCUUGAACCCCAACGCACCCUGCUUGAAAUCCACUGCCGCCUCCCUGACGCCGACCCAUCACUUGUAGAGUAUUACAGGACUCUUUAAGCUCACUGGCCUGGGUGACAGCCUCUUUUUAAAGGGGCAAAAAAAAGAAAAGAGAAAAGAAUAAAUCCAUUACAGUGCCUGUUUCGUAGCACUUCUGAUAGAAACAAUACCUUUUUUGUUGUGCAGAACGCCCUGUUGAACUAUAAUUUUUCCAAACCACGAAUCAAACAGUCCUCGCACCAAUCCCCCUCUUUGGGGUAAAGUGGUGUUAAAAAGGUGACAAAGACAGACAUUUACAAGGCCGAUAAGAAAUGUAGGACCUUGAUCAACCUCUAAUCUCUAAGACAAGCAGUGACCUGUAUCACUGUAAGUAUCAUUGGUGUUAACUAGCUGCAAUUAGCCUAUUGCUAUCCUAGUAGCCUAUUAUGGUCAUUGUGUACAUUGAGGCAGUUUGACUUUUAAAAAGCAAGGACAAGUACAAGAUGAAUUUCAAUCAAUGAAGAAAGUAUAACCCAUUUUAUUUACAUUGUUGCUACUAAACUGCACUUGCUAGCAUUAGACUCUACAGUUCUACACAUCAACAAUGCAGAUGGAAUGCCAAUGUGAGGUAUGAUCUCUGAACGUUAUACCUCUUAUUUCAGCCUGAAUUUUCUUUUCUUUUUUGCAAAUGGUAUUGUUUUACAGUGACGUAUACAUCGAUUAUGUUCACCGUUUUAACUGUAAUAUGUGUCUUUAAGGAUGGUAGUAUCUCUGCUUACCUGAAUGUUUGCAAUGUAACUCAUUUUGCAGUUAUAUCACAAACAACGCCCUAUUCUGUUGAGCACUGUUUAAUCAGAAAAAUGCUAAAAAUGUCUCUGUUACAGUACCAACGCAGAGAAGAGCUCACCUCUUGCAGAGAUGGUGAUAUUUUAUUUUUUGCUGUAUAUAACAUAAGCUACAGAAAUGAACUAUCAACUCAGCUGAAA